AUGCCGCCCGUGCGCUUCAAGGCGCCGCAGCAAGUGCGCAUAAAGUGCCCCAAGGGGCGCAUUGUGCCGCUGAACGAGCCCGAAGUGAAGCUGGGAAAAACAAUUGUGGCUGCAGCGCCCCACAGAGUCACGGAGGCGCAGCUGGAGCAGGCCAGGAGGACGCUGCGGCGGUACUUGGGCCGGUCCAAAGAGCUGCUGGUGGGAGUGCAUGCAACUUACCCAGUGACGAGAAAGGCAGAAGGAGUGAAGAUGGGGCAGGGCAAAGGGGCCAUAGACCACUUCGUGGCCAGAGUCCCUGCAGGGCGCGUGUUGUUUCACAUUCCGCAGACGAAUCCGUUUCAAAGUUUGCUGCCUCAGGCGCCGAACUUCCGGGCGUUCAAAGCAGUGGCUGGGAAGCUGCCUUUUCCCGUAGUUUUUAGAGAACAAAAUAAUUACUUUCCACUGGACAGUGUGCAGCGUUUAAUAGAAGAGAAGCGAAGACAAGACGCAGCGGCCCGCACGGCGAGUGUGCGCAGAAAGCUGCUGCAGUCGCUGCCGGCUGCUGCAGCCGCAGCAAACGAUCUUCCCUGA